AUGGCGCCGGGCCAGCCCUACACGUACUCGGCGACAGCCAGCCAGGACUCACGCUUCCCGAUCCCGAUCUUUGAUCCCAAGGCCGUCACACGCGCCAGCUGGGAACCAAAGCCGAAGCGCAAACCUCAGACCGGGCCACUGCUUUCCUUCAACGCACAUCCUGACACCCAUGAGGUCUUGCAACAGCGAUCCGCAUACCAACAGCUAGGGAAGAAGACACAAAAGGCCAUCAAAUGGGUUCGUGGCUGGCAGCUCCUUUGCCGCGUGCUGGAGUUUAAUGGCGCUCUUGGCAUCUUGAUUCUCAUGAUUCUGCUCACCGGUGUGAAUGGCAUCCUAGCCUGGAUUAUGCGCAUUGUGGUGAGUUACCAGAGCUUCUCUGUCGCCUGGCCUGGCUCUCUCCGGCAUUUACUGACUACUUCGCAGUCUGGCAUUACAGCACUCCACUGUCUGUACGGAAUCGUCCAUCACUCUCGCUCCGCGACGACUAGAACUCCCGGAUCGACGGCGGCAUACCAGCUCUUUGCAGGCAUCUUUGAUCUGGCGACGGCUUCAUUUUACGCCUACGGCGCCUUUAUGACCAAACGCGAUUCGUCCUCGUGGGCCACUCUGAUCAAGAACCAGAGCCUGCUUGACUAUCUCGUCCCGGCCGUCUACUACACUAUUAUCGGCGCCGGCGGCCUGCACCUUGUUUCGUUCUUUACGUCUCUCUGGCUCGCCAUCACCUUCCAGCGGAUCAGCGACAUGCCACCCGACAUGAAUCCGCUAGAGUCCAACCUGACGGCCCGUCCCUCGUUUCACAAGCGCAACAAGUCGUCCGUCACGACUUACAGCUCCGACAACGAAAAGAGGCUAUCAACGGCGCAGAGCGCCAAGCACCUGUCCGAGGCCUCGUGGGAGAGCUUCUCGUACCCUCGCUCGGUUCCCUUCAUGCACACUCGCACGCAGUCGCAGGACACGCUUGUCAACAAUGAGCUUCGCCUUAACCUCCCCCAGAGACAAUACCAGAUCCCAUCCGGAAAUCCAGUGGCCUACUCGGCCGCAUCCAUGGUCAGCAGUCGCGUGUCGGCCCCGCGUUCUUCUAGGGGAAGCUACGCGGAGAUUGCGCUGGGUGACGCCAGCCCAACCCGGCCGCAGUACGUUGCCAACAGUGCCCCUGCAAACAACUCUCGCGCGCCCAAGUUCACCGAGACCUGGCUGCCGACCGACUCGCUCAUCUCCCGUACCAACAACCGUAACCGCGAGGCGACCGCCGCCAACACCUCGCGCCAUGCCCGAGGCUCACAGUCGUACUCGGCACUCGACCAGCGCUACAAUGCCGACGACUCUGGAUCCGACUAUGGUGAUGAUGAGAAUGCCGACGCCAACAGCGCCCGCCGGAGCAUUCGCGGCAAUCAACAUCCUAAUCCUCUCGGCUUGCACCCGACAUCUAGCCCCAAGAUUGCUAGCCCCUCCACGCCUCCCCACCUUCAGACACGCAGCGGUGGCACGUCCUCUCGUCCGACGACCCCGUGGACCGCCUCCAGACUCUCCGCCAAGAGCGCCCUCUCUGAGAUGAGCAGCAAUGAGCGCGUCAGCUCGCCGUGGGUCAACAAGCCCGACCUGCGCCCGCCGCCCGCCAUCACUGGCGGCGAGUUUUACUCACGCUCCUACGGGGAGUUGCGCCCAGCCACACCCCCCGUCAUGGUCGGCGACACGAGAAAGAUUUCCUCCGGCAACGACUACCAUGCCAUGGCCAGGGCUGCCGAGCGGCGUCGCGUAAGUGGCAAGGUAGCCGAAGAGGGUCUUGCCGGUGACCGGUUCACGAUUGGCUAUGCCAGCUAG